GAAUCCGAAUCAAUUCCAAUUUCACAUCCGUUUUGAGUCAAGAAAAUAAUCAAUAUAGGAAGCACAGUAUACGAAACUACCCGAGAGAAGGACUUCGACCUCGGCCGCAGACCCUUAAUCCUACAACCACAGUGGAUGGGCCAAUCAUCUUCCAGAUCCAGACCCAGAUCAGUCAAUCCCGCCGUGAUCCCUCCAUUGCCGGCAGAUUCUGAUAAACCAGGUGACUUCACUUCUGACACGGAUGACGCCAUCAGUGGGAAUGACUACACGUUGAACCUGCCAGACGAAUGUCUGGCCUGCAUUUUCCAGUCGUUAUCCUCCGGGGACCGGAAUCAGUCGGCCCUGGUGUGCCGUCGGUGGCUAAGAAUCGAUGGCCAGAGCCGAUACCGCCUGUCGUUGAAUGCUAAGUCUGAGCAUACAUCCGUUAUCCCAAAAUUAUUCUCGCGCUUCGACUCUGUCACUAAGCUCGCGCUGAAGUGCGACCGUAAAUCAGUCAGCAUAGGCGACGAUGCAUUGAUUCUGAUUUCUUUGAAGUGUAGGAAUCUCACCAGGUUGAAGCUCCGUGCCUGUCGAGCCAUAACUGAUGAUGGAAUGGCCGCUUUUGCCAGAAACUGUAAUAGUUUGCGCAAAUUCUCGUGUGGAUCUUGCAGUUUCGGGGCCAAAGGCAUGAAUGCCUUGCUGAAUAAUUGUGAGUCCCUGGAAGAAUUGUCGGUGAAGCGAUUGUCUGGUGUCGCGGAUGGUGUUGGGGUCGAGCCCAUCGGACCGGGAAAGGCUGCUGGUUUGAAAGUUCUUUGUUUGAAAGAUCUUUACAAUGGGCAGUGUUUCGGGCCUUUGAUUAUUGGGUCGAAUAACUUGAGGUGUUUGAAGCUGUUCAGAUGUUCUGCUGAUUGGGACAGUUUGUUGCUAGUGAUAGCACAUCGGAUUACUGGGCUUGUGGAGCUUCAUCUGGAAAAGCUUCAAGUAAGUGAUCUCGGGCUCUCAGCCAUUUCGAGUUGUGUGAAUCUUGAAAUAUUGCAUUUAGUGAAACUCCCUGCUAGUACUAAUGCUGGACUUAUGGCUGUUGCGGAAAAAUGCAAUCUGAUAAGGAAACUGCAUAUUGAUGGAUGGAAAACAAAUAGAAUAAGUGAUGAUGGAUUAAUUGCCGUUGCAACUCAUUGUCCUAGUUUGCAAGAGCUGGUUCUGAUUGGUGUGAAUCCCACGAGGUUGAGUUUAGAGAAGUUGGCUAUACAUUGUCAGAACUUGGAAAGAUUAGCACUGUGCGGGAGUGAUACCAUUGGGGAUGCAGAGAUAUCUUGCAUAGCUUCAAAGUGUAUUGCAUUGAAGAAGCUGUGCAUAAAGAGUUGUCCAGUAUCGGACCAUGGCAUGGAAGCUUUGGCUGGUGGGUGUCCCAAUUUGGUGAAAGUGAAGUUUAAGAAAUGUAUGGGAGUGACUUCUGAGGGAGCGGAUUGGUUGAGAGCAAGUAGAGGCUCUCUUGCUGUGAAUUUGGAUGCCCCAGAGCCAGAAAUACAGGAUGCCAGUGCUAGUGACCAAGAAGCUAGUGGUAUUGAAAUUCCACAAACAGAUGGCCAAAAUAGGGGUAUUAAUACUGCUUCAAGCUGUAGCUGGAGACCAAUGUCUUUUAAGGCGAGGCUAGGGCUUUUAAGAGGGAGGAGCUUGGUGGCUUCCACACUGAGGCGAUGGUCAAGUUUUGGUGGCAGUUGCCAUAAUAAUUUGGAAAGGAGUUGAGACGGAUUUGCGAUGGGCAAGUUCCAUGGUUGGUCUAUUCACAUUAUUCUCCACUGGAGUUCAGUAUAUUUAUUUCUGUGUGCUGUUGAAUGCUAUUCUGGAAUCUCCAUUAUUGGGAAUUGUCAGAGUUCCACUCGUGUGCUUGUAUGUCUGAUUUGUAUGAAGGGAUGCCUCUUUACGUGAUAGUUGGGAACUACUGUGUUUGCUUCCUUAGUUUGAAUAGGAAGGAGGACAUGGCCAACACUCUCUUUAUACCUAGACUUGUGUAUUAUCCUUAACUGACUAACAUGUUUUAAAGCAUCCAGUUUACGACUUGCUGUCACAGGCUUUAUUCUUGUCCUAAGUUUGGUUGCGGAAACAUGUCACGGCGUCAAUGAUGCAAUGAUAUGUCAAAUAGUUGGAUGUCAACCCUUUAUGUUUCUAUUUCUUUCAGAAUGUUGAUCAUCAGAACAAAAUGAAUCAGUUUUCUGCACUACAUUUUCUUAAUACCAAUCUUUUCAUAUAUGAUCGUGUAAUGAAGUUGUAAAUCAUUGUGGAAUGAAAUUAUAUGUGUUGUGCAGAUCAAAUCUUUCACCAGUGAUCUUUGUAUGAAAGUUGUUGCCUAUUUUCUUUGUACAAGGAUAGCCUUAUACAAUAUAAUUCAGUUGUGUGACCUUGU